AUGGCUCCAAUAACAUCAUCAGUCGCAAAGACUGCUCAAUUAGCAGCACAAGCAGUCAAGUACAACAAAACACCCAUGCACAGAUUGGGCCAAGCGCAAGCAAUGAGAAUGCAAUUCAACAACUCAUCAAGCCUACUCACUUCUACCCGUUGCAACAACUCCAAGUCGGGCCAACAAGAAAUGACCGUGAGGGAUGCCUUGAACUCGGGUUUAGCUGAAGAAUUGGACCGUGAUGACGAUGUGUUUUUGAUGGGUGAAGAAGUCGGUCAAUAUAAUGGUGCUUACAAAGUAAGUAAAGGUUUAUUGGACAGAUUCGGCGAGAGAAGAGUCAUUGAUACUCCAAUUACUGAGAUGGGGUUCACCGGGUUGGCUGUUGGUGCAGCUUUCCAUGGAUUGAAACCAGUUUUGGAAUUUAUGACAUUCAACUUUGCUAUGCAAGCCAUUGACCAAAUCAUCAACUCUGCUGCCAAGACACACUACAUGAGUGGUGGUAUCCAACCAUGUAAUAUUACCUUUAGAGGUCCAAAUGGUGCUGCUGCCGGUGUUGCUGCCCAGCAUUCCCAGGAUUAUGCUGCUUGGUAUGGUUCAAUUCCCGGUUUGAAAGUCUUGUCGCCAUAUUCAGCCGAAGACUACAAGGGUUUAAUCAAGGCUGCAAUCAGAGAUCCAAACCCAGUGGUAUUUUUGGAAAACGAGAUUGCAUAUGGUGAAUCGUUCCCAGUCAGCGAGGACGUUCUUUCAUCAGACUUUGUUUUGCCAAUUGGUAAAGCCAAGGUUGAAAGAGAAGGUACUGAUAUCACCCUUGUUGGUCAUUCUAGAGCUGUCAAGUUUGCCAUGGAAGCCGCUGAGAAAUUGAAGCAAGAUUAUGGUGUUAAUGCAGAAGUCAUCAAUUUGAGAUCGAUUAAACCUUUGGACGUUCCAACCAUUGUUGAAUCAUUGAAAAAGACCAACCAUUUGGUUACUGUUGAAAAUGGGUUCCCUGCUUUUGGUGUUGGUUCGGAAAUUUGUGCGCAAAUCAUGGAAUCUGAAGGUUUUGACUACUUGGAUGCUCCAGUUGAAAGAGUAACUGGAUGUGAAGUUCCAACCCCAUACGCUAAAGAAUUGGAAGAUUUUGCUUUCCCAGAUACCGAAACCAUCUUGAGAGCUUCAAGAAAAGUCUUGGGGUUGUAG